AUGUCCACCGAGCGUCGCAUCAAGAGUCUCAAGCUAAGACAACGGAGCUUGAUGACGUCAUUCAACGCCAUUACUAGAUUCGAGUUCGACGAUGAAAGGGAUGCCAUCCAAGUACCAGUACGGUUAGAGAGCAUCAUCAAGCUCUGGGAGGACCUCAACAUAGUCCAGAUGGAGCUGGAGUCCCUCGACGAAGCUAACUUGGACGAGCAACUAAAGCUACGGACCAAGCUCGAGUCGGCCUACUACCGGUCCAAGGGAAUGUUGCUGGCGAAAAAUAAAAAUUUAGUUCCGAGCGUCUCUAGUUCUCCAUCAACUAGUCGUGGCCCUUCGUCGUCAUCCGCAAACAAUUACGUGGUGGCUUGGAAUUUGCUGAUCGAACAUUUUCAAAACCCUGCGCGGUUAAAGCAAUCAUAUGUCGAUGCGUUGUUCGAGUUCCCUUCGCUGAAAAAAGAGUAUGCUUCUGAGUUGCAUUCACUGGUGGAGAAAUUCGAGGCCAACGUCAAGGUUCUUCAGCAGUUGGGGGAGAUGGUCCAAUGCUGGGACAUUCUGCUGAUUCGGAUGCUGAGCAUUCGCCUCGAUCCGACGACGAGAAGGGACUGGGAGGAAUUUUCAACGACGAAGGAUGCCAUCUCGUUCAAGGACUUGACCUCAUUCAUCCAACGUAGUGUCACCGUUCUGCAGAACAUCCAGGGCAGUACGGUAGAUGUCCCUUUUUCCGGCCAAGCGAAAAAGUCUUCUCAACGACCAGUCGCAAGUAACAAUGCAGCACAGUUCAACACAAGGAAGUGCAUCGUCUGCAACAACCAUCAUCCACUCUAUCAAUGCUCGACGUUUUCCAAGAUGAGUUCGGAGGAUAAGGAGAAGGAAGUUCGUCGCAAUCAUCUCUGUCGGAACUGCUUGCGGAAGGGUCAUCAAGCGAAGGACUGUUCGUCAACGAGUACCUGCCGCAAGUGUCGGGGCAAGCAUCAUACUCAGCUUUGUUCCAGUCAACAACCAACCAGCUCAGGUCAGAAGACAACCAACUACACAGAUGAAAGGUCUACGCCUGCUGCAUCUACCAGCAAUCCACCCACUGCAUCUGUGUCAGCCACCAUCGAGCCUGCCAGUUUCGCUUCCGUUAGUCAAGGACGGAAGGCAAUUCUACUUGCUACUGCUGUAGUCAUCGUUGUCGACGACAGUGGAAGCGAGCACACAGCACGUGCGUUGCUAGAUUCCGGUAGCGAAUGCUGUUUCGUUACCGAAUCAUUCUCCCAGCGAUUCAAAGCGCAACGGAAGAAGGUCCAUCUUCCGAUAGCUGGCAUCGGUCAAUCGUCGACGCAUGCUAGGCACAAAUUGUCAACCACAAUUCGCUCUCGCACAGGAAGGUAUUCGACUAGCUUGGAAUUUCUAGUUCUUCCCAAAAUAACCAUCGAUCUGCCGUCGACUUCUGUUGAUACUUCGGCCUGGGAGAUUCCGCCGAGUAUACAGCUAGCUGAUCCGUCAUUCUGCAGCACCAACCCAAUCGAUCUCAUCUUGGGAGCAGAAAUUUUCUUCGACUUGUUCAAGGUCUCUGGUCGAAUUCCGCUUGGCGAUAACCUUCCGGUACUCGUGAACUCCGUUCUUGGCUGGGUAGUGUCGGGAAGGUCUUCUCAUGGUCAACCGAUUGCUCCAAUCGUCGCAAAUGUCGCCACCGUCAACGACGUGCACCGUCUAAUGGAAAGGUUUUGGUCCAUCGAGGAAGACAACGCCUCUCCGUGCUAUUCCGUCGAAGAAGCCACCUGCGAGGAACACUUCCGUCGCACGGUAACCCGCAACACCGAAGGGCGAUACAUAGUUCGACUGCCACUGAAGCAAGAUGUGUUGUCUAGCCUCGUCGACAACCGUCGCACCGCUCUACGACGUUUUCACCAGCUAGAAGGUCGUCUAGUCCGUAAUCCCGACCUACAUCAACAAUACCGAGUCUUCGUCGAGGAAUACCACGCGCUAGGGCACAUGCAGCGCGUAACGGACUACGAGAAUCCUCCCACUCCAUGCUACCAUCUUCCGCAUCAUGCUGUAGGGGGGGUUGGACCAACCGUGCAAGAAGACCUGCGAUCAAUUAUCAUGCGAGCCCGAACACACCCAGUCAUGCUGAUCGCCGACAUCAAGCAGAUGUACCGCCAAGUCCUGGUAGACGAGCAGGACACUCCACUGCAGCGAAUUGUCUGGCGAGUUUCUCCCGACACUUCGAUGAAAACCUUUGAACUAAAGACCGUAACAUACGGCACAGCCAGCGCACCAUACCUUGCAACGAGAGUUCUCCAGCAACUAGCCGACGACGAACGCGACGAGUACCCUGAAGCAGCUGAAGUUCUACGCAAGGAUUUCUACGUCGACGAUCUGUUUUCCGGUGGACGCAACGUAGCAGAAACAAUCGCUUUACGCAAGCAGCUCGACGCAUUGUUGCUCAAGGGUGGAUUCGAACUCCGCAAAUGGGCGUCCAACGAACAAGCAGUACUACAGGAUAUCCCAGCAGAAAAUCGUGCUGUACAAGGGUCAGUCGACUUAGACCGAGAUCCGUGCAUAAAAACGCUUGGACUGCACUGGGAACCGUCCACCGACCAGCUCCGCUACAAAAUUCAGCUUCCUCCGUCAACAACAGAUGCACCGCUUACGAAACGCAUCGCACUGUCAUAUAUCGCACGUUUGUUUGAUCCGCUUGGACUUGUCGGAUUCGUCGUAACUACCGCCAAAAUGUUCAUGCAGACUCUCUGGACCUUGAAGCACGACGACGGCAAGAUUUGGAGCUGGGACAACGAACUACCGACCGCCAUCAAAGAACGCUGGCAAGAGUACCAAUCGCAACUCCAUCGGCUGAACGAUUUGCGCAUCGACCGUUGCAUUCUUCUCGCCAAUCCCGUAUCAGUCCAGCUGCAUUUCUUCUCCGACGCUUCGGAACACGCAUACGGCUCGUGUGUCUACGUCCGCUCGACAGAUGCCUCUAGUGCAGUCAAAGUUUGUCUGCUGACUGCGAAAUCGAAGGUCGCACCCCUGAAAAAACAAAGCAUUCCUCGACUCGAGCUCUGCGGUGCCCUUCUGUCUGCUGAACUCUACGAGAAGGUGACGUCAUCGCUCCAAAUACACACUGAAACGUUCUUUUGGGUCGAUUCUACCAUCGUGCUGAGUUGGCUAAAUUCUUCUCCGUCGACCUGGACAACGUUCGUGGCCAAUCGAGUCUCCAAGAUUCAGACCGCCACGCAAAACUGCUCUUGGAACCACGUAGCAGGCCAGCAAAACCCAGCAGACCACAUUUCCAGAGGAAUACCCGCAGAAACCCUUCUACAAAACGAUCUUUGGUGGCAAGGAUCUCAAUGGCUGCAGAGUGACCAACGCGACUGGCCAAUUCAACAACCGAACGCUAAUCAGCCUCCCGAAGUCCUCAUGGAAGCACGAAAAGUACCAGCAGUAGUAACUUCCGCCGCCGUUGAACCCUCAUUCGUCGACCAGUUCGUUGAAACAUUCUCCAACUUCCAGCAUAUGGUUCGAGUAGCCGCUUACUGUCGACGAUUUCUUCAGAACUGUCGGAAAACUUCUACAGCACGAGCGGAAUCAGCACAUCUCACAGUCGACGAGCAGAAGGAAGCAGAAGCGACGAUCAUCAGACUCAUCCAACAGCAAAGCUUCAGCAACGAGUACAAGGCCCUCCAACAAGCACAAACUGUAUCCGCAAAAUCUCGCAUCCGUUGGUUUCAUCCCUUUAUCGGCACAGAUCAGCUGAUUCGCAUCGGCGGUAGAUUGGGGAAGGCCGCAGUACGACAGCAAACAUCAGAUUCUUCUUCCGGCUUCUCAUCACUUCUCCGUCCUACUCGUUCGCCACUAUCACGAGAAGAAUUUACACGCAGCACCCCAACUUCUGCUUAA